AUGAAGGGGAAGAAGCGGGGUCGCGUGGCGGCACAGCAGCAGCAGCGCCUGCACCUCAAGGCCAAGGGCAUGAAGGUCUCCACAAAGCACGGCGGAGGUGGCGGCGGCGGCGGCGGCGGCGGCGGCGCGGCGCACGCGACGACGCUAGAGCAGGAGAUGGACGACGAGUUUCUCCUCGAGCAAGCCGCCAAGCGGCGGCGCGCGCCGAAGCAGCGGCGGCGGCAGGGGGAGGGGGAGGGGGACGAGGAGGGCGUGAUCGGCGCGGGGAUGAGCGCGCGGAUCCUCAAGGAGGCGCGCAAGCAACAGCAGGAAGUCGCGCGGGAGAUGGAGAAGGAGCGCGGCCUGGACGGGGCGCGCGAGGCGUUCGAUCUCGCCGCGGCAGUGGCGGCGCGGGAGCGCGAGCAGGAGGAGCGGGAGGAGGAGGCGGGGGAUGAGGGGGAGGAGCGGGAAGUGCGGGAUCCAGAAGCGGCGGCUGCGGCGGCUGCGGACGUGGAGAAAAUCCUAAGCGACGCGAGACGAGGGCGGGAGGAUAUAGAGGAGGGGGAGGAGAGGGAAGAGGGAGAAGCGGAGGAUGACGAUGAGGAUGAGUAUGGCGCGUUUUCAGAAACCGCGAGCAUGUACAACGAUGCUGUGGCGGACGAGGUGACGGAGGAGGACGAGCGGGCGAUCGCAGUCUUCCUCGCGGGGGGAGGCGCGGCUCCACGUCAGCGCACGCUGGCUGACGUCAUCAUGGCGAAAAUCCAGGAGGCGACAGCUGGCGGGGCGGCGGGGGCAGCUGGGGGCGCGGGCGGCGGGGGGGGUGUGAGAGGGGGGGAGGGGGGGGGAAGAGGCGGAGAGGCGGAUUCCUGGAGUGGAUGA